AGGCAGCGGGGAGGAGGUGGGCGGAGGGCGGGCGGAGAACCUUCCCCUGGAAGAAGGGCCCGACUUGCGCCGUUUGCAAAAGAAAGCAGCCGCCGGCCUCGCCCCGACGCCGCCCAGGCCUCCCCCAAAACCCAGAAAAUCAGUCACUAACUGGAGAUGUCCGUCCCGGGAAGAGAACUGGCUGAAGAGCAGGUGAAGAAAUAUAUUUAUCGCAACCUAGACAUGUUCCAUCGCGUCCAAGUGAGCCAAAUGAUCCACUUGCCGUGUUUCACCGAAACAGACCGGCAAAAGAUCAGAGCGAGCUGCGCCAACGAAGGAAACAACGAGACCACCUUCCUUUUCUUUCAGCGCUUGUGCUGCAGGGAAGGCUGGGUGCCGCUCUUUGUCGACGAGCUCCGGGAACAGAACAUGAGCGAAUUGGCUGACAGGCUGGAUGCUCUGUAUCGCAGCAAACUCCUUCCCCCGCGAAAGACCCCUCCAGCAGUUUCGGCAACCCCAGCUGCCCAUCAGCCUUUGGCUCCGCCUCUCUGCCCUGAAGCAAAUCAGCAGAAUCAUCCUGGACAUGUCCUAUCAUCUCCUCCGCGAUUGGCUGCUCCAUCUGCCAAUCUGCCCCCCCAGGAUACGGGGGAUUGCCGGAUUCCCGUUCAAGAAAACAGCCAUCCGGCUGAAAAGACCAAGUUAGCGGUAUAUCCUAAGACCGCAGACAAAGGAGCAGAGCCAGGUUUUUCCUCCACUUCUGACGUCAGUUCGGCAUCUAAUAUCGGAGCGGCCGUCGGAGGAGACGCAGCGGUUGAGUCUCCAGGGCCAUAUCCUGUGAAAGAGUCGGUCCCGCUUCCCUCUCAAGCGAUUUCAACCUCGGCUGAGGUGGAGCAGAAGUGGGACGGACGUCAGCACCGCCCGGUGACGGUGAAAAACGGGUGCUUUGGCAAUGUGCACCGCUCAGAGGACAGCGUGACGAGUUCAGCGUUGCCCACAGGCACUUCUAGCAAUCAGCCCGAAGAGGAUUAUUAUUCGAGCGAUAGCGGCUUGUUGGCGUUGGGCGGUCCGAGAGAGGAUUUGGCGCCCGAACGGAAGGUCCAUGUCCUCCGAGGGGACCAAAAGUGGGGAAAUCCGCCAGCUGCGGACAGUCUACAAAGUCGCCAAGAUAACCCGAGGAAAAAUCUCCCAGCUUAUGAGGGCUCGCCGGAAGAGCAGACGCAGCCCUUUAUGGAUCCUUCGUCUUGUCACGCUCCAGCGAACGAUGCCCAGCUGCAAAUGGGAACAAAGUCUCCAUUUCCGGUAACGAGCCCAAUGCGUCUCCCGCCUUCGGAUUUGGACGGUGUCUCUUCCGUUGAAAGAAAGGCACCAAAGCCUCCUCGGGAGGUUUCAGCUGCCGGAGGCGAUAGAACCUCAGGUGGCUUUAAGCUUCCCAGCACGGGUGCCUUGGGAGGAAGGCCGCAGCGGGGGAUGGAGACUCGGCCUUCCGCUGUUGAGGACCAUAAGCGAGACAGCCGCAUCUUUCACAGCAACUGUAGUGAGAACGAUAUGCCUUCCAAGCCGGGCCUUCUGUCUGCAGAGCUCAGUUCAGACGGUGCCGGCGAGACCGGCAAUGUGUAUUCUGGGUCGUCAGAAAGAUUACGCAUGAGCAACAGUGACUCCGCUUCGGUGAGCACGAGCAACAGCGACCCCAUUUUGAUCAGCGAAAGCAGCUUGGUUACCCAUCCCCCCAUGAGCACCACGUGGGAAAGAAAUCGGCCGAGCGGUGCCAUUGACGCUACUCUUCCCCCCGAGGUUGACGCUGGCGAAGAAGAGACGUCCUUCAGGAGUCACCAUGUGCUGGUGAAGGAGAAUCAAAGUAUGGAUCUCAUGGGGGUUCCUCCGGAGAGGGCCUCCUGGCGACCUUCCCCGGAUUCAACAUCCAACGGUCAGCCAGAGAACAAAGCCAAGGACCAGCCGGCGGGUCCUUCUCUUCUAGACGAAAAAACGAGUUCUUCACACGACAAUUGGAUGCUUUUUGCGGGAUUUGUUGUGGCCCUUCUGGCAAGCGCAGCUUAUGUGCUGUAUAAGAAGAAGUAAGCACUGGAGACACCGAUCGGUUGUUGGCCGACUGAAAUUCACACCCAGCCACAGUCCCUUCCUCCCGUUGCUUGAUCCUCUACGGAAGGGAAGCUCGCUGUCUUUGGCUCGCUUUCCGUCACCGAUGCGUGAUGCGUUGAAUCCUUACCCUCACAACACGCCUUGCUUAUUUCCUGUAGUCUGCCUUGGGGUCAUUAAUAACGUCUUUCGAUCCAGGUUAUUUUAGAUCGGUGCCUUCAGUGGCCUCAUUUCCCCCCUCCCCCCGAAUAGCCAAGCGGAUCAGAACUAGGACUUUUCUGAGAAAUCGCCAGAAAAGCAAAAAAUCUGGACAUCAUAGCAAAAUCAUGAACGCUCGCUUCCACAUCGUUGGCCAGGGAAUUGCAGGAUCUUGGCGGAUUUUCAUUUUUUAUUUUAGAAAAGGUCGCAUCGCAAAGAAUACGCCGGCUGGUGUGGACGAGUGACCGCCUUCGUGAUUCUAGUGGAUCGGUCCAUUGGAUGUGGCUUAGAAAAGAGAAAGGCAAGCAGCAUCUUUGCUUUGUCCCGAACACGACGUUGUUUUUUGGAUACGCAAGAUGUUACUGUCGAAUCCUUAGAAAGUAGCAUUUGGAUGCCCAGCUCCGUUUUUCCGGAAUUAACGCCCGCUCAGGGAAAAAGCAGUAGACUUCACCGAACUGUUUGGGAAAACCCUUGUUCUUCCUUUUCCAUUUCUUGAGAAAGAGGAAGCGUAGAAGUUUGUUUUUCAAUGAUUACAGGAAAAGCCUGUAACACGAACUGCCGCUGUUUGGAAUUUUAUCCAUUGAUGUUAAUGGAAACAGAAUAUCUUCAUUCUGUUUUAUUCUGGAUGUUAUAUUUUUUCUGCAGAGGUGGUUACGGCGUGAUCUUCGGAAAGUCAUUUGUUCCUGGCCAUUAAAUGACAGGCAGUCCUCGAUUUAAUGGCCGUAAUGAAGGAUGAUAGAUUAGGAUGAGUCUGCUGCAACAUUCCUGUGGUCGAACAGUCAUAAGGCAAGGACUGCCUGGCACCCAAAAAGGGCUAGAUUUCACCCUACUGAGAAUUUGGGGGGAGGGAACGACGUGAAGGCUUAAUUGCUUGUCUUUUUUUAACGAGCAAGUUAAGCAGGCUGGCUGGGAAAUUCUAGGAAUUGAAAGCCAGAAGUUGCACAGAAACACUGAUUCAAUGUGUUCUGUGUAUCCACAUAUGCACCGUCUCCCCAGGAGUUAAAUCGGGGUGUGUCCAUUCACACUAGUAUAUGUGUCUAUUCAUACCGAUUAUGGUUCCAUUUAAAAAAAAGAAAAAGUAGCGUUUUCUUUCUACUUCUGACAGAUAGUCAAACCCAAGUUUCAGCUUUCUUUCUUUCUUUCCAACGUUCUGUAGCGUUGGGAAAAUCAAAACGCUUGAGACUUCCGAAUCGAAUAACUUUCUUGUCAUUAACCAGGAAAAAGAAUGAAGGGGGAAAGGGGGGAGGGAAUUUCAAAUAUACAGAGCAUCCAAAAAUAAAAAGGAGGAGUGAUGCGUAGAAAAUAUGCUAAAAGGCUUCCUUCUUAUUAGCUUAAAACUAAGCUAAACUUUAGAAUUAUAGAGUCCCUGGCAAAAUUAUAGACCCCUUGACAAAAUGGAGAAUUCCUACUAGAGUUCCUUCCCAUUCUUCCCAGUACAUCUGCUCACCAAACUGGUCUCUCACGUGCUGAUUAAAAAAAAAAGUUAUUGGGUGAAAAA